AGCAGAUCUGAUAGGCUGUGUUUUGCUAUUUCUAGCAUGAUGAAUGUUGUCAUCAUUCUGGGAAUAUUUGCACAGCUAUUCAGUUGGUCACAAUAGCUGUGGAAAAAAAAAUUAGUGGAGUUUACUGAAUAAUUUACUUGCUGAACGCUAUUUGUCUGUUCCUCCACAAUAAAAUCUACCAGACAUGUAAAAUUUCUUCUUUUCAUUCUUGCCUUUCGUGUUUUCAUCGCUUUGAGUUUUCAUUUGCUCCCUUCCCCACCGUAACUCCCAUCUGGAUUACUCCUCUGCUGGAUUCUUCGUGUCCUUUCACAGGUUUUCCCAUCCUCUUCUCUUAGACCUCAUCCCUGCAGAGCUGUUUUUUAUCAUCACUCCCCUGUUCUAAUUCUUGAUUACCCUCCUUUGCCCAUUCUCCUUUACCAUUAGGCACCCUGUGGAAACUUUACAGCUAAUUAAUCAGCUCGAUGCUUAGGCAGGGGAGAGUACGAGAGUGAGGAUGCCUGAUGGAUGGGUUUGGUGACCGCAGACAAGGUCGGAGCAUUCCCCUGAUCUGCUGUUGCUGCCAGCUGGGAAGUGGAAAGGAUCCCUGGAUCCUUUUCAGGAUCCUGACCCUGAAUCUCUUGUUUGACGGGCGCUGCUGGAAAGCAGUACAGGGAGAGGAACAGUUCUGGCUCUGCUAGCACAGUGGCUGGUGGUUGAGUUGGUUUUGAAGACUUUAGGAUGAUGUAUGGGAGGAUGGGGACUCUGAAGAUUGUUUUUAUUUUUCCAGUGCAUGUAAAUGAAAUUUCUGGGGUGGCACAGGCUGCUGAUGUGAUAGCCAUCACUGUCUGCAGAGACUCAAAGGAAAAAGAGGAAAUUAUUAUUAUUCCUUGGUAUGUUUGACACAAAUUCGGAUGUGACUUUAUCAUUUAGAGCCAGCAAGAUGAAUUCCUUGAAGAAAGUCAAAGUCCGUACACAAGGGAAACAGCGUUUUGUGGCUUUGUUUCUUUGUUUUCUGGAAAACCCCAUGCAAAGCAUCCAGGUUUGGUGGUAAUUUACCAGGGUAGCUGUUCACAGGUGCCCUCUGCUCCUCUGUGGAGCUUCCGUAGAGCCACAGACAGCAGCAUGUUCUCUCUCCUAUUAGCUCAUGAUCUCAUCACCUUUCCUUUUAUGCCUUUCCCCUCGCUUGCCAGCUGCUGUUGUGCACUUCUUUGGCUGGCAAAGAGGAUGAGCGGAGGCUUCUGGAGCUGCUUCUCGUGUUGGUAGAGGAGUAACACGCAACGUUCUCGCUUUUCCAGACUCUGCUCUGGCUCGUGCUGUCUGGUUAGUCUCUAGAAGACUGUUAUAUCCAACAAUAUCAUAAUCAUUACGACUUUGAAAACAUACAGUAAAUGGUCUACAGAUAAAAAUCCUCUUUGAACAAAGUUAAAAUCUAAAUUAAUGUGUAUUUUUAAUUUAAACCGUCCUUACUGUACCAUAGUGGUAGAGAGAAGUAAAAGGAACUUUCUUCCUGGCAUGGAAGCAGGAGGACAAACUUUUUGGUCAUGUGUGGUAGAGGUGCAAAGGACAUUAUUAUGUAUAUAAAAUGUCACAGUCUGUUCCACAUCUCAGCUUCUUGUUCAAGUGGUGUAGUCAGGGAGCAAGGGAUGUGCCUGCAAGAUUUUGGUGGUGGUUCGUUCGUUCUUUUGCUUGCAUGUAGGAUGCGUAAUUUUCACAUUUGCCUUUUUAAUUUUGCCAGGUGAUCAGUUGUUCUCGCUACAAGGAAAUUAAGUAGAAACACUCAGUUCUUUUCGCAUACAUUGUUCAGUAUUUGUGUCUUUUCCAGUAGCCCUUCAGGAUCGUUUACCGUACGAUACCCGAUUUUAACUUUCAGGAUCCUUCUUGAGAGUCUUCAUAUCCAGUCAAGGGUGCAGAACACCAUCAGCUAGAAUGUAAUAGCCUGCAUAUCUGUGUUAAUUCAUUACAGAAGCUCAUUUAUGCUCAAGCUCUGACUUAACUGACAGCUUAACCAAGCUGUUCAGACUGGUGCAUAGAUCACCCCACCUCUCUUGAGACACUACACGUAAUUUUGAGGUGGUUAAUUUCUGCAUGCUAUGAUGGACGUAGUUUUCUGUCUUUGCCUAUUUUGAUGUAAUUUCUCACGGUCUCUUUCUCAGAAAAGAAAAGCAAAAAAUCUCCAGCCAUCUCUAAUCCACAUGGAUAGAUCCUGAACCAGUUGUGAGUUCUUAGGAAAGAGUGACUGUGAGUAAAUUCAGUUUCAUCAGCACAGUGCCGAAUAAUAAACGGAGAGUGAGAUGUCUCAGAAUUAAUAAAAGUACAGUCAGUCAUGUAGAAACUUAAUGAUGUUAUCUGGAAUAAGUGGGCUUUUUCCCAUGCUUGUAAUAAAUAACUCACCAGCCCAUUUAUAAUUAAUUGUACUUCUAAAUGAGAAUUGUCCAAAUAUUUUUAUUUCUGCUUUAUCUUUGGGAGGAUAGUUAGCAACAUAGCUGUUGAUUAUAAAGGGUUCUAUGAAAAGCACGUAAAAAGCUUAAUUAAUAGACCACGGUUUUUGAACCUCUGUCUGUGUGGAUCUCUCAAAAUCUGCCAGCGAGUGCGUGGACUCUUCACAGCAAUACCAGGCUUCUUUUGCUCACUUACCCUCUGCAGGCGCUGCGGAAGAGCUCUGGACCUCCAGGGGUCUGGAUAUCUCAAACUGGAAACUGCCGAACCAGACUGCCAAUUCUUGCAUACAUAUAACCGUACCAGGUCAUUAAAUCAGUCAGAAAACAGUUUUGCCUUUGGCAAAAAUCAUGCAGUUUUUAACGAUUCAGAUGUCUGUCCUCCUUCAUGUGGAGACUGACUUGCUGAGGCUGGGUGAGGAUUGACCGCUCCCGAGGGAACUACCUGUACGUGUGUGUGUGUGUGCAGCAGGAAACGGCGUCUCGUAUUUAAUAGGUUUUGUUAUUCCUGGUGGUUUAAAGCCUGUCACCAUGCCCUAGUGCCCAGAGUUUUUGAGCACUCGGAGUUGUUGUCUUUGUGGCUAAAGCUGUAAAACCAAGUUUUGACUAUUCAUGCGUAUUCAAAAUUGUGUGCUCUUGGUAUGCGCAGGUGUGCCUGACACCUGGUAUCCUGGGUAAAUUCCAGCUUAGAUGAUGCCUGAGCUUCCCUUGGUGCUUUCAUUUGGAUACGGUUUUCUCUUCCUUUUGUGGCAUAUACUGCUAACCCAUAAAGGCUGAGAGGUGCUGCCAAUGUGAAUAUUUUUCUAUCACAAAAAAUGCAUACAUGAAAACCCCACAUAUGCAUCACUUAGCUCGGAGCUUCUGCUGUGUUGUGAUGAUCUCACAAUUCUUGCUUUCUGCUUUGAGGUCUUUUUUUUUAGUGUUGUUCCCAUCUCUGGCGUGAUGUAACAAACACGAAUGGAAUGACUCUUAAUUAAACUAGCAACGCGCAAGGGCUGUCAAACGUGCAAAGUAGACAAUUCAUCAGGGUGUUUUUCCCUUUAGUGUUACUGAGGUUACUUGAGAUUCUUGAGGCCGUUAGAAGCAGUAGUAACUGGUUGUAAGGGCUGAUUCUGAAAUGUUCUCUUUUAAAAAAAGCUACCUGUCAAGGCUGUUUGGGUUCUGGGGGAAGUUAUCCUUGCGUAAUCUGUGGUCUGCAAAGUACUCGGGUUGCUGCAAGUUGCUGGAGCGGAGGCAACUUGUUAAGAGCAUUUGUUGUUUUCGUUCCAGACAGUAUACCUGGUCCUGUGCGUGGUACGUUGUAAGGAUUACUCCCCAUUAACAAAAUACCAGUUAAUCCUAUUUUAGUAUCUUUGCUAUGAGGAUAUGUGUAAGCUCUUUCCUCCAUCACGCUGUCAUUCUUCUUCUGCAUCAAAUGGUUAGUACAUUUCUUUCCUCUGUAUAUCUUAGCCAUAGGAGAAAGCAGAGAAAAUAAUUGAAGGAGCUAGAAUUGGUUCAAAUAAUGAGAGUUGAAAUACCCUGAAGUGUUGUUUGUUCUGCAUUUGUCAGUCUCUGACUUUCAUUCUCAGGCCUUGCGAUAUUUGAACGUUUUUAGUUGUGAGUGAGCUCCAAAACUUACUGAGACCUAAUCUUGUUACAGUGACCUGUUUCGAAACCUCUGCAUACCUGUCUAAAAGGGAUUGAACAAAAUCUGGUUUAAAUGAACAGAAAAUAGGAGAAUGCUCGAAUAAGGCUACUGGCAUGUGCUCAAGUGCUGCUGGAGUACCAGGGCAGGAAUCUGUCUUCACGUAUUUCAUUGCUACAGCAAACUCUUGAACAGCAGCAGUGUUGCCUUGGUUCCUUCCACUUCAAUUUCCAUCCCAUCUUCUACUGGUAUUUUAAGAAUAUCUUGGCGGCAUAACUGACCUGCAGUAUUUCAGUGUCGUUGGUUGAGGAUCUCCUGACCUUUUGGGAUAUUGCGUGGGCCUCCCAAAUUCACAGAUGUAGUACGAAGAAACUUGAGUCUGAGACUUAAAGGAAGUUUGCAGAUGGAUGUCCAAUGAGGGCCUGGCCUUCUCUUCAGCGUCUUCUUCCACCAAAGAAGCCAGUAAUUCAUACAUAGAGGAAAGAUGGGAAUUGAGAGCCUGCAGUUAGAGCCAGUCCUCUGGCCCGGGUUAGGUGUCGAUGAGGGAGCGGAUCUGUUCCCUGAGGAGGGAUUGUUAAAUGGCAGGGUUACUUUGAUCCUGUUGGAUUCUCUUAGCCCAUUAAGAUGAUUAAUGGAUUAAUUGGGCUAUCUUCAUUGUCCUAUUUGUCUCUGACAUAUGAUAUUUUGCAGACUGGGAACAGAGCUAGUAAUAAGAAAAGCUUGAAGAGUUUGUGUUCCUCUGAAUGUGGUGUUUGUUUCCCAGCUGUGCUAGGUGAUCUCAUAAGAUACCUUGUAUAAGCUUUGUAUUGCUUUAAAAGGAAAUAGAGCAUGUGACCGAAAGGGACCUUCUCGAUGAGCGAGUGCAGCUCUCUGCUAAGACUGUGGAAUAUGUGCUUAUAAACCAGCUUGCUGUCUUUCUUAAAUCAUACGUUGGCUGAGCGUAAUACUCCUAUUGACUGUUCCGCUCUUCUUGGAAGCCUGUAUCCGACUUCUGGCCCAAGCACAGUCUUGGUUAAUUUGUUCCUAUUGUGCUUAAAUUGACAUUGCCCUUUAGUUUCACUGACUCCUGAUGUCUACCCCACUACUCUCAAUAUGUGAAGUCAAUCAACCAGUUUGUUUUGUUGGGCAUAAAUAAAUCCUGGGCUUUGCUUAUUUCACAGCCAGUUAAUAUUGAUGGCUCAUAGUUCCUUUUGGAUCAACUAAUAGACCCAAGGUUUUCCUCCCGUCGCUGUUUCUAACUGAUGAACUCCCCGAGUGUCCCGUUCGUUACUGAAUUCAAUUUCAUUUCUGACACUCUGCAUUACAAGAUUUGUCCAGCUCUUCCCGCGUGGCGUUAUAAUCCUCUUUUGUACACAGACUUUUUUCCCAAUUUUGUGUCAUCUACAAAUGGUUUUGGGAGACUUCAGGUUUCUGCAGGAAGGGCAUUGAUAGGAAUAUACGCUGAACUGAGCUCUAAGGUCGUAGCAAACGACAGAAGCCCACUGGUGGGUAAAGUCCACUGGGAGAAAAUGGUGAAGAAAGUAUCAAGAUUCGGCAUACGUACUGGCACUUUUAACUGUUCCAGUGACCCCAGAUACUGCAGGAGGAGGGGUUGGCUGAAAUCCACCCUCAUAAUGUCGGUCCCACAAACCAGUACCUCCAAGGGAAAAGUAAUGCUUAAGGAAUACAGCGGGCGCAAAAUCGAAGUGGAGCACAUUUUCAAGUGGAUCACAGCCCAUGCUGCUUCUCGGAUCAAAACCAUCUAUAACUCUGAACAUUUAAGAGAAGAAUGGAACAAAAGUGACCAGUACCGUGUGAAAAUAUACCUGUUUGCCAACCUCGACCAGCCCCCGGCGUUCUUCUCUGCACUAAGUGUAAAGUUUACUGGAAGAGUAGAGUUUAUUUUCGUGAACGUGGAAAACUGGGACAAUAAAAGUUACAUGGCAGAAAUUGGUAUCUACAGGACACCAUCGUACAUACUGAGGACUCCCGAGGGGAUUUACAGAUAUGGAAAUAACACUGGUGAAUUUAUAUCACUGCGUGCCAUGGAUUCCUUUUUGCGCUCGUUACAGCCAGAAGUUAAUGAUUUAUUUGUUUUAAGCUUAGUUUUGGUUAAUCUGAUGGCUUGGAUGGACCUGUUUAUUACACAAGGCGCUACUAUAAAGCGUUUUGUGGUUCUUAUAAGCACUUUAGGGACGUAUAAUUCAUUGUUAAUUAUUUCCUGGCUACCCGUCUUAGGGUUUUUGCAACUACCCUAUUUAGACAGCUUUUACGAGUACAGUUUGAAACUCUUCAGGUACUCUAACACAACUACUUUGGCUUCUUGGGUAAGAGCUGACUGGAUGUUCUACUCUUCGCACCCAGCCCUCUUCCUCAGCACGUACCUUGGCCACGGUUUACUAAUUGAUUACUUCGAGAAGAAAAGACGACGCAAUAACAACACCGAUGAAGUAAACGCUAAUAAUCUGGAGUGGCUGUCAAGCCUGUGGGACUGGUACACCAGCUACUUGUUUCAUCCUAUCGCUUCUUUUCAACACUUUCCUUUUGACUCGGAUUGGGAUGAAGACCCGGAUUUGUUCUUAGAGCGGCUGGCCUUCCCCGAUCUCUGGCUUCACCCUCUGAUACCAACCGAUUACAUAAAAAACUUACCGAUGUGGAGGUUUAAAUGCCUUGGCGUCCAGUCUGAUGAGGAAAUGCUGGAAACCUUUCAAGACAGCGAAAGUGACUCUGACAGCGAAAACAAAGAGGUCUUCAGCAGUGAAAAAGAAGUCUCGGAGGACGAUGAGCUGAACGUGUUUCAUAGGCGCAGUGAAGGAGAGCCUCGGUGCGGUGCCGAGACCUGUUCGUGUGCCAAUAAAUAUUGUCAUCACGAGCCAUAUGAACGGAAAGCGAGAUCCUACGGCUCGUACAGCACCGCGGGUGACCUGGAGCCAGACUGGUCAGCCUGGCCCUCUGAGAUGUUGCACUGUACAGAAUGCGUUGUGUGUCUAGAAAAUUUUGCAAAUGGUUGUCUGCUGGUGGGCUUGCCGUGCGGCCACGUGUUCCACCAGAAUUGCAUCGUGAUGUGGCUGGCCGGCGGGCGACACUGCUGGGCUGUCUGCAGGUGGGCUUCGUACAAAAAAAAGCAGCCAUACACACAUCCGCAGCCUUUGUCGAAUGAUAGCCCAUCGUAGCUGUGUGCCGAUGUCCUUUGUAAGCUUUCAGGAUAUUACUGCUUGCCUUUUAAAUGUUAGUCACUUAAAAAAUUUAUGUGGUUUGAAGUUUUAGUUUAAAUGUUAGUGCAGUGAACUAAAGUAUUACAUGAUGCUAACGUUAACGACAGAAUCAUUUGGUUGCCUUUGUAUGUUGAACUGAAUGCAUACUUACCGUACAGUAACUUUUUCUUUUCAAGAUCUGGAAACUCGAUGCUCUUUGUGUAAGCACAAAAAUCAAGCCUACAACAGAAGCAUAUUCCAGCAAACGUUUACGAGUUAGGAUGUGGGUGAAAUCGAAAUUCUAAUCGGAAACAAUUGCUUAAUUUAAGUGUUUCUUAUUUUAGAGUCUGUUCAGCACAUCUUUGUUGAAUAAUGUAUGUUGUAAGACAGUACCAUUUAAAAAGAAAUCAGUGAAAUAAAUUAUUUUAAAAGGAGAUUUGUAAUGUUAAUUGUUUUGAUAAAUAUUUUGUGUGUAUGGUUACGGAUGUCUUGCUGGUCUGAUUUAUC